AUGGAUUGGCUCCUUAAGGAGUGGUUAAAUCGACCGGAAGAUUCCAGAACAGGAACCAGUGUUACAAUAAUCUACCAUCAAACGCGCGCAUUUAUCAACGCUCUCAUAAUCUUCUUUUCUCAAGGCGUGAGAUUACUGAGCCAUCGCUAUCUUCGCCAGUAUGCCCAGAAGCUUCUAGAAAGCAUCGAGGCAAUUGAACAAAUUAAGGCAGAGGCAAAGGUGCUUGCUGCUCCACUAUUUUGGCCUGCAUUCAUGGGCGCCACGGAGGCAUUUGAGCCCACGCACCAGGAGCGCUUCCGGAGGUGGUACGCAAGAGUCGAAAUUUAUGGAAUUGAAGCGGCAAGGACCGAGAUCAAAGUUGUGCACGAGGUUUGGAGGCAGGGCCCUCCCGAUUAUCGACAGAUGCACACGGGCUGGCGCGGGGCUGUAAGACAAAGAGAUGAGUGUCUCAUGUUGACCUGA